UACGUGUGGCUCGCCGGCUUCUACGUCUUUUUCCACGUCUGGAUGAACCUGCUCGCCGAGCUGCUCCGCUUUGGUGAUCGGCUCUUCUACAAGGCGUGGUGGAACGCCGUCACCUUCGAGGCGUACUGGAGGCUGUGGAAUUUGCCGGUGCACCACUGGAUCGCGCGGCACGUCUACUUCCCCGCCCUGCGGAAGCGGCUCUCCAAGGCCGCGGUCGGCUUCAUCGCCUUCACCGUCUCGGCCGUCUUCCACGAGCUCGUCAUCGCCCUCCCCCUCAAGUCGGGCCACAUGCCCCUCGCCUUCCUCGCGAUGAUGGCGCAGGUGCCGCUCGUCGCCGUGUCGGCCGCAAUCAACGCUCGCGUGGCGGGAACUCCUUUCGCGCAGCUCGGCAACUACCUCUUCUGGAUUGCCUUCUGCUUCCUUGGACAGCCGGCCGCGGUGCUGCUCUACUACGUGCACUGCACCGGCGUCCUUUACCAGUGA